AAUAUAUGAAGUUUCAUAUAUUCUGUGGUACUACAACCUGAUGAUAGCUUAAAUCUAAAAAGCCAGUCUAAUCACUAAUAAGUCUAUAAGUAUUUAUAAGGAUAUUAAGAUAUAUAAAUAUCUUAAAUCGUUGGCCAACAGUAAGUUGUGUUAGAUCUAAGGCAUUUCGAAAUCCAACUUCAAUGACACAAUUGUCUUCAUAGGGAAUUACUAGACUUCGUAUGAUAAUUGAUUAAAAAUUAAAAUUUUAAACGUUCAUUUAUAUUUUAUUGAUGAAAAUAACACAUUUUUAAUAUUUUAUUAUUAUUUUUCAUAGUGACAAUUUAGUUUAUACUUACGUUAUACWCAUAAUAGUAGUGUUGAUUAUUAUUUAUAGUAGAACCGAGUCUGGAGUACUAACUGUCAAAUAAGUAACUAUUAACUAAUAAUUACUUGUAGUGUAGUGUAGUGCAAUUAUGAAUUAUUUUCAUAAGUACAAGAUAGUUUGUAGGUACUAUUGCCAUGGAAAAUCGUUGUUGUGUUUUGGGAUGUUUGAUGACUUCUGAUGAUGGAGUUCAAUUACACGAAUUUCCAUUUGAUGAUGAGAUGUUACUGCCCAUUUGGAUAAUGGCUACAAAUCGUUCAAAUUGGUUACCAAUAGAUAAAAGUAGAAUAUGUAACAAGCACUUUUGUUCUGAUGAUUAUGAAGCUGGCAAUAAGAACAAUAUGCUUAAACCAAAUGCUUGUCCCAUAAUUAAUAAUAUGACUAAUGGAAAUAUAUUGACAGAUUCUGAAGACAGUGAAUAUUUGUCUACAAGCGAUAUUAAUUCUGAUGAUUUACUUGAUACACCAAAUACUAGUGAUAUGAAAUCCAGUGAUGAUGAUUUAACAAGUACAUCAUCUUGUAGUAAUUUUAGUAAUUCUAAUGAAGCUACUGGAUUUGAUGAUGAUUUUCUAUCAUCACUUUCAGACACCGAAGUUGAACUAGAAAAUAUAGAUAUUGAAGAAACAAUGUUAGAAUUAGACUCUGUAUCACUAUCUUCAUCUGUAACAAGUUUUGUAAAUACAAACCAAUUUUUUAACCAAGAAUGUGCGGUUGUAUUAUGUAACCAAAAUGCAAGAAACCAGUUUGAUAGAUUAUUUUUUAUUAACUUUCCAAAGGAUAAUAAAGCACUUUGUGAUAUCUGGUGGAAAAUCUGUGGGCGCAAAGACAAAUUUGAUCCUUCAUACAAAAUAUGCUCAAUUCAUUUUGAUUCWGAUGAUUUUACAUCUGUUACAAUACUACGAGAAGGAAAACUUUUUAAACAAACUAUUUUGAAUAAUAAUAAUAUUGUACCAACUCUUUAUUUACAACCACAUGAGUAUACAAAGUUUGUAAGAAAACGAAAAAGGAGCUUAAAUGAUAGUUAUACAGGUAUGCAAUAUAAUUCAACAGAAGUUGAAUCCUGUGUUAUUCAAGGCUGUGAUAAGACAUUUUUGAAAGAUGAAAAAAGAACAUUGUUUUUUAGAUUUCCAUUGGAAAACAAAACUAUGCUCAAAAAAUGGUUAGAUAGUAUUGGAUUAUCUAAUUGGCAGCCCAAAGAUACAGAUCGAAUUUGUUCUGAUCAUUUUGAAAAUAAUGAUUUUGUAAUGACUAAUGUUAGUCAUGGUCUAAGUGAUGAUGCUGUUCCAUUAAUUAAGCCACAAAAUCCAUUAGUAAUAAACACUGAAGACAAUCAUGUUAAAAAAUAUGCAUCCACAGUUAACAACAGAAAUAUUGAUAUUAUUUUUAAUAAUUUAGAAUUUAAUCAUUUAGAAGAAAAUACUUUGAUAGUUAAAGAUGUAGCAUGGGAAAAUAAGAAUGAAAGUUUAUUGUUAAAUUCAUUGGAAAAUAAUUUUGAUGGUCAAGGAUCUGAAAAUCACAAACAAAUCUUUAAUACAUCAACAGACCUAUCUAGUUCAAUAAAAAAUAAUAGAUGUGAAGAAAAAUGUAAUAAAUCAAAUUAUGAAGAUGAUAGUGAUACUUUGGAUGAUGUUGGUAAAAUCCAACUGUCAAAACAUAAUAUUACAGAUAGUUCUACAGAACAAUGUAUUAAACCAAAUGAUGAAGAAAUCGCAAAAGAUGAAUGUAAUCAGACUAAAUUAGGAUCAAAACCAUAUGAAAAUAAUAGGAAAAAUAUGUCUGUUAAUGAUUCAAAUAACACUACUUUAACAAAAAAUAAAUGCAUUUCAAAAGUAGUUAAGAAAUCACAUAAGGAAUCAAUUGAAAAAAACAUUUUUGAAGAAAAAAAUAUGAUACCAAAAUCAAGGAACAAUGGAAAUGRCUGUAAUUAUAUAUACUUAGACAUGUUGGAUGGCGAUGAUGUUAAACAUUUGUUAUCAUAUGAAAAUAAAAGUAUUUCAAAGAAAACCAAAGCAAAAAUUCUGCAACUAUUAGAAAAAAAUCAUGCAGAUGAAACUCCAAAAUCCAUUAUAUAUGAUGAAGACUUAACAGAAUGUUAUGGUGAAAUGCUUCUACCUUAUUGUGACCCGGACUGUCAAUUAAUAUGUUAUUAUUCUCUACCUGGCCCUCAAAGAAGACAAAUUUAUAAAGAAUUUCAGAUGUUGAAUGUAACUGAACAAAAUUGUAAAAUAACUGAAUUAGUACAAUUACGUAUGUCUAAAAAAAAAGAUGGCACUUUUGAAAGCUGUCCGUUAUAUCAUUUUAUUUGGAAUAAGGCCUUUAUACAAGUCUGCAAAACUUUUUUUAUAAAUACAUUAGGUAUUUCUGAACAACGGCUCAAUGCCAUCCUAAAACCUAUUAAUUACAGUUGGUAUUCUGAUAGAGAAACUGCCUUGAAAGCCAAUCAACCAAAACAAGUGACCGUAAUUAGUGAGCCAGUUGUCAUGACAGAUUUUAUGAAACAAUCUUUAAUACCAUUAGACAAGGACUACAAUUCAUAUCAGCCUGAGGGUGAACCAGAAGUUAGUUUAGAAAAUGUACCGUUUAAAGAAUAUGAAAAAGUAUUCCUAUACAUGAAAAGCAUUCCUAGGAUUUUGAGUUCAUAUACUGGACCAUUAAAAAAACAUUACUUUGAAACCAGUAUUUGUUCGGAAUAUAUGUACAAGGCAUAUUCUGAAGAUUUUAUUAAAAAUAAAACUCCCCCACCAUACACAAAACGUCAGUUUAAAAAAAUCUACAACCAGUACAUGAAGACAUUUUUAAAAAUGGUUUAAAUCCAUAUCAUAUUUUAUUGAUUGGUAUUGACUUGAAAAUAUAAUUAUAUUGAUACUUCCAUAUAUUCUCAUAAUUAAAAUUAUGAAUGUAGUAUUUUGGCAUCUACACAAUCCUAUU